AUGAGUAGAAGCGCCCACGAGGUAGAGAGCCUAGCGGCAGUACUCCGUCGCUUGUACAGAAGGGGACUUCCAAAUCCUCGGUGUUGGGCAGACUUGCCACUACAUCGCCAACAAGUGUUCGGAAGCCGAGCAAAGGUUAAUCUAGACGGCCUUGUCAACAAGUGGCAAAACACACUGAAUGGGAAGCUCUCUGGUGAAGAUGCCUGCGGAAAAAGAAUCAUCGUUAUGGCCGGUGCUGGUAUAUCUGUAUCUGCGGGAAUCCCCGACUUCAGAACGCCUGGUUCGGGCCUCUAUUACAAUCUUCAGUCGUACAAGCUUGGUCGGCCUGAGGAUAUGUUUUCGAUGGACUUUUUUAAGAAGAACCCAUAUCCUUUUUAUCAUUUUGCUAAGCAUCUUUGGCCGACCGGACAGCACAGGCCGACACCGACACAUUAUUUUGUUCGCCUCUUACAAGAAAAAGGCCUCCUGCACCGGAUGUACACCCAGAACAUCGAUGGUUUAGAACGCCUCGCGGGGGUAAAGGAUGAGAAUCUCGUUGAAGCCCAUGGGACGUUCUCUACGGCAAGUUGUAUAAAGUGCAGAUCCGUGGUUGAUCCAAUACAGGUCGGGCUCAUCAAGCCUGACAUUGUUUUCUUCGGCGAAUCCUUACCUCGGAGAUUCCACACGCUUAUGCAGAGUGACUUUGAGACCUGCGAUUUGCUCAUCGUUAUGGGUACUUCUUUGAAGGUGGCGCCUUUCAAUCGGCUUGUAUCUGACGUGCCCGACACGACUGUUCGCUUGCUAGUGAAUCGAGAGAAGCAACCAGGAGCCGGCUCUGAUCCUAUGGUCUUCGAUGGUGACUGCGCUUAUCGGGAUAUCUGGAUGGAAUCUGAUUGCGAUUCUGGUGUUGAGAAGAUUGUUGAUAUGAUGGGUUGGCGCAGAGAGUUCGAUGACCUUUUGAAAGAGCGCGAGAAAGUUGUUGACAUCACCAAGCCGACUCCUGCUCCUACUGUUGCCACAUCUGCUUCUGAUACGUCUACUGACCAUACCACGACGAGUCGGCGGUCGAGUGAUAGAAGUUCUCCUGGCGAGCCCGCAGACGAUCGAGUUAUGGCUUCUUCUGGCCGCAUGCGCAAGGUGAAGUUCUAUGAUAUGAAGACUGGACAAGGAGUUGAUCCUGGUCGCUUUGCCUCGGUAUUGGCUACUAAUGCUACCCCAAAGCAACGAGCUGAGUAUCAAGCACGAGUAGUGGAGAAGCAAAAACAAUCAGCUCGAUCUAGGAUUCAAAAGGCGAUGUAUGGUGGUGGUCGCCGAGAUCUUGAAGAGGCUCUGAAGGCUGGUAAAGAGGCUGGCCUGACUCGAUGGGAGCUGGAGCCUGGCCAGGAGGUGUUGAAGCAUCUUGAUGAGAAACUGCCCAAGAUGAGGGCGUCGGUUCCGGACACCCUAACUGAAAAGGAUACUAGAAGGUUCCAGUCAGCUGCUGCGAGAAUGGCUCAAGAAGAUGAUGCUGAUUUAUUGAAAUCGUCCAAGAGGUUUGUGACGAGCUUCACAAGGAGCUUGUCUAAUCUAGCGGGAGAAUCCACUGACGACUCUGAGGGCGGCUGGGAUGAAGAGGUGAAGGCGCAGGUGAACAAGUGUCAGGAUCGGCUUAAACAAGCUAUUAAGGAAGAGUCUAUUACGCUUAUCGAGCAAGAGUUGCUGGUCGCGGAGGGUCUCGGUGUGCCUUGGAUCGACACUGUGGAUGCUCGGAAGGAACUGGUGUUAUUACAGAAGCGCCGCUCUGAGAUGCAUAGUCGGAAGUCGAGCCAAGGUAGUGAUGGUCGUAAGGGGUCGGCUCUUGAAAAGCAGUCGACCAUUGACAUCAACUCACCGGAGCGAUGCGAUCUCGUAUGGUGUACCAUACCUGGUUGCUUGGAGGCUCAUACGCAUGUGGCGGCUUGGCAUGUCUGUGAAAUGUGUGGUUAUGUCGGGCACAGUUGUGAAGAGUGUGGUAUGGAGGAUGGUGAAUUGGAAGAGCUUAGGGUUUGUCGCUCUAAAGAGAGUAUGCCGGAAGACCAACAAUGUAAUGGUCUCAGUGGCUUUGCUAUGAUGUUGAUCUUGAAGUCGCAGGUUCAAUCCAAGGAUGCCAAAAUCGGCAGUUCCAUUCCUCUGAAGGUCAUUUAUGCAGAGUGUGUCGUUUGA